AUGUUCAACCACAUUCAUCCGCUUAUUCUACCGCUCGGCUUCUUUUAUUUCAUUUGUUCGGUGAUCGGAGUCAUCGGAAAUUCAAUAAUGCUCAUGUGCUUCUUCCGAACCAAACGCCUUCGAUCGCCAUGCCAUAUAUUGAUAUCAUUGAGUUGUCUCAGCGAUAUGUUACACGUCUGCGGCCAAUUCGUAUUCUGUGUGCAUUUGUUUGGAAACUUAACCUCUUCUCAAGCGCAAUGCUUCUACAUGCUCAUAAUUCCACUAAUAGGAGUUAGUGCUUCGGGACCCUUAAUUUUAGCAAUGGGAGCUGAUCGCCUAAUCGCUGUUAAGUUUCCAACAAAAUAUCGGAUGUACCAGCAAGAGCCUAAAUAUUACAUAAUUUCGCAUAUGAUUAUCCCAAUUUUGUACGUCAUUUCGAUGCUUGCCUAUGGAUAUACACAACGAAUCGAUGAUAUAAAAACACAAGUCACUUGUGCGGUGCCUCUCGCUUUAAAUGGAACUUCUUUUCAAUAUUUCACAUAUUCUAGUGCGGUUAUUUAUUUCGUUGUUAUUAUUCUUUAUGGAACCGUUUAUGCUUUACUGAAGUCAAGCAGUGCAAGUACUCGAUUUCGAUCAGUAUUCAAAUCAAUCGCAAUCACUGUUGGAUUUGUGAUUUUCGGCUGGGUGACCACCACAACAGCAAACACAUUGUCGUAUGAAGUGACGACAGACCCGUUCGUUUCAGCUGUCAUUCAGAUGUACGCUGGUGUUACCGUGAAUAUGGCAGCGUCGUCGAACGUCUUCGUAUUUUUUGCUAUCAAUUCGGAAUAUCGCGAAGUGAUCAAAGCUUUAUUUGGAAUGAACAGCAAAGCGAAUUCGGCAAUGUUCGAGGCGUCAAGUGCAACAAUGACGGUUCGGAGGAAAAGCCAAGGGACGAGUCUUGCGGCGAUUCGAAGCACCUCGAAGUUUUAA